GCGGGUUCCACCAUCUUAAUCUUGUUCCUUUAUUUCUCUUCUUUUCCUGUAAACCGCCAGCCUAAUAUACCAGCCUGGAAAGAGCUGUGGAGCAAAUUGCAAAAAGCUUCCAGCUUUCUCAUGACGGUGUUACCCCAUUCUACUCAUUUUCUCACUACGUUCCAAAUGAGGUAACAAAAGCUACUUCAGAAUCAAGCUAACUUGCUCCAAAUUCCUAUCGCUCAAUUCGAAACCCAAAACCCUAGUUUCUGUUUAAGCAAAAUCUUCUUUAGUUUAACUAAGCUACUGGUUUCAACAUUGCUUCUAAUAGAUCCCUGGGGUUCUUUACUUUUCAUGGUAUUGAACUUUACCUUCUUCCUUUCUUUGAUUUUCAGCUAUAGACACAGCAGUACAGCACCGCAUUGCUUUUUUUUUUUUGCUUGAAUCUGGAAUCUUUAAGUUUACUUGACAACUAAUUUGGGAAUUUAUAGACUAUGAUGUCCAAGAACACGUGUUUGUUGAGGUGGGUUGCUUGAUUCUUCUAUAUUCAAUCUUAUUGAUUAUUGAUAUUUGAUAGCUACUUGAUUGCCUCAUGAUUGGAUCUUCAAGUUUAAAUUAUUAUAAAUUUGGGGAUUGAAUCUUUUAAGUUCAAAUUAUUACCAAUUUGGUGAUUUAAAUACUCAGAUUCUUCAAAAAAUGAGUUUCCUGACGUGGGUUUCUCUAGUUCUCGCGUUUGUUCUAUCUACAUAUGUUCAUCAAUCAUCUGCUUCAUUCAGCCCUGUGGAUCGCUACUUAAUCGCUUGUGGUUCUUCCCAAAACGUAACUUUUCUUGGUCAGACUUAUGUUCCUGAUUCAGACGAAUCAUCAAUGAUCACUCUGAAUAGCCACCAGAAUUCAAACACACUCCAUUCCAAUUCCACCGUUCCAUUACCCAUCCACCAAUCGGCCAGAUUGUUCACCACCACAUCCUCUUACAAAUUCGACAUCAAGAAACAGGGUCGGCAUUGGGUUCGUCUAUACUUUUACCCAAUUCCAUCUCACAACCUCACAUCGUCUUCGUUCAGUGUAGUCACCCAAAACUUCGUGCUCUUAAACAAUUACAGUUUCAAAAGCUACAAAGGUUCUAGUCAUCUCUUUAGAGAAUACUCGAUCAACGUGACUUCCGAUACAUUGCUUCUCAAUUUCGUCCCUUCAAACAACUCGGUCGCAUUCAUUAAUGCAAUUGAAGUUAUCUCCAUCCCUGACAAUAUGAUCCCCGACGAGGCUACAUUCGUGUUCCCAUCUGCCACAAUUAGCGGUCUAUCAGAUCGCGCCUUUGAAACUGUGCAUCGUUUGAAUAUGGGUGGCCCGAAAUUAACUCCUAAAAAUGAUACAUUAGGAAGAACAUGGGAAAACGAUAACAAGUAUCUCCAUGUGAAUGGUUCUGCUGCAAAUGUCUCGAUCAGCCCAUCGAUGAUAAAAUACACCGAGAGUGUCACACCAGAAAUCGCACCGAAUUGGGUUUACGCAACCGCUCAAACAAUGGGAGAUGCCAACGUCGCCAAUUUGGAUUUCAACAUCACUUGGGUUCUUCCUGUGGAUCCAGAUUUCACUUACUUUGUGCGUUUACAUUUUUGCGAUAUUGUGAGCACCUCGCUGUAUACCCUCGUGUUCAAUUUGUAUAUAAACUCCGAGACUGCUUUUACUGAUCUUGAUUUAUCGAGCUUAACUGGUAACCUCGAUGUCCCUGCUUACAAAGAUUUUAUAUGCAAUUCGUCUGGUGACCAGAGUACUCUGACUAUUAGCAUUGGACCGGAUCUAGUUGCUGAAGAUACAAACGUGCUUUUGAAUGGUCUUGAAAUCUUGAAAAUUAGCAAUGAAGCUAGAAGCUUAGACGGGGUUAAUUCGGUUGAGAAUCUUGUUGUGUUUCCGAAAAAGAACAAGAAGACAGGUGUCAUUGUGGGAUUAAUUGUUGGGGUUUCAGCUGUUAUAAUUCUACUCGGUGUUUGCUUUUGUUGUGUGGUGGCCCGAAGGUCGAAAAUGAGCCACCCGAAGCCUUCAUGGCUCCCUCUUCCAUUACACGGAAACUCACUCACAAUGACAAAGAUGUCAACCGCGUCUCAAAAAAGCGCAACCGCAAGUUGCAUUUCAUUAGCUUCGUGCAAUCUUGGAAGAAACUUUACUUUUCAAGAAAUCAUGGAUGCCACAAACAAAUUUGAUGAAAAUUUGCUUCUUGGAGUGGGUGGUUUUGGUAGGGUUUACAAGGGUACAAUGGAAGAUGGGACCAGUGUAGCUGUUAAAAGAGGAAACCCGCGAUCCGAACAAGGUCUCGCGGAAUUCCGAACCGAAAUCGAGAUGUUAUCGAAGCUUCGGCACCGUCAUCUCGUUUCCCUAAUCGGGUAUUGUGAUGAACGGUCCGAAAUGAUCCUUGUUUAUGAGUACAUGGCAAAUGGCCCCCUCAGGAGCCAUUUGUACGGUACAGAUCUCCCACCGUUGCCAUGGAAGCAACGGCUGGAGAUCUGUAUCGGAGCUGCUCGUGGUUUGCAUUAUCUCCACACGGGUGCAAACCAAAGCAUAAUUCACCGUGAUGUGAAAACAACAAACAUAUUGUUAGAUGAGAAUUUUGUAGCGAAAGUCGCGGAUUUCGGGCUCUCGAAAGCGGGCCCGUCUCUCGACCAAACCCAUGUCAGCACGGCUGUGAAGGGUAGUUUCGGGUAUUUAGAUCCCGAAUAUUUCAGACGACAACAGUUAACAGAAAAAUCUGAUGUUUAUUCUUUCGGGGUUGUUUUGAUGGAAGUUAUCUGUACAAGACCGGCUUUAAAUCCGGUUCUUCCGAGAGACCAAGUCAACAUUGCUGAGUGGGCGAUGACGUGGCAAAAGAAGGGAAUGUUGGAUCAAAUUAUGGAUGGGAAUCUUGUUGGGAAAGUGAACAUGUCUUCUUUGAAGAAAUUUGGUGAGACUGCUGAGAAGUGUUUGGCUGAAUAUGGAGUUGACAGGCCUUCCAUGGGAGAUGUUUUAUGGAACUUGGAGUAUGCUUUGCAGCUUGAAGAGACUUCAGCAGCUUUAAUGGAACCUGAAGAUAACAGCACAAAUCAUAUACAAGGGAUCCCAUUUACUCCCAUUGAGCCCUUUGAACACAGCACAAGUAUGAUCGAUGGGGCCCAGUCCUGCACAGAUGAAGAUGCCACAAGUGCUGUGUUUUCUCAACUCGUAAAUCCACGAGGAAGAUGAUCAAAAAUCAAAAUAUUAAAGUUUUUUGUUUUGAAUUUUGUUUGUUGUAGUAAUAAGAUUUGUUGUUUAUGCUAUUUGUAACCAUUUAUUCAGUGAUCGAUAUACAAAAUAUAUUAUAGGAUGAUA